UUUAUAAAUUGAUGGCUGAGGUGCACAUAGAUGAUAAACUAUGCAGGUUUUUACUUGCCUGUUGACCCGAAGACGUUUUGUUUCCUCGACUAAAUAAAUACAAUUAAUGAUUAAAUAAAGCUAAAAUUUUCAAAAAAAAAUUAGAAAAAAUAUUGUUACUGCAGUAAAGGACCACACUGACUCUAGAACAUAAAGCAUCUGUGAUCUGUCCUCACCUGGGCUCUUACCUGUGUUGUUUUGGUGAAACACUGACGUUGGUAAACUUGUGAACGCUUGUUUACUUUAGUGAUUACCAGGUAUGUGCUCGUCCUUGACGUCACGCAGACAUGAAAUUACGAGUGAAGCUGAAAUCCGUUUUGGGUUUAAUUAUACUUGUACGUUUUUAUGAAAGGAGGCUCCAUAACAACCUGUGAGUGACAGCUCUGGAGGGAUGACACGCUUUGAUGAGCAGGUUCGGUGGGUGGGUGGGUGCAGACUCUCCCCGCCGCAUGGGCCCGGAGGUGUGGACCGGACUCUGAGGCGGUGAUCUGAGCCUGCGGGCAGACGAGACGAGACCUUUAAGUACAGACCUUUGGAUUUCUGCGUCACGUGACAUGGUCUCUACAGCCGCCCUACUCCAGCUGACCGCCGCUCACCCAGCAGGAUGGCAGAGCCCCCCAUGUCAUGUGACUGUUUUGUGUCCUUGCCCCCUGGCUCUCGGGAUGACCAUGUCAUUUUUGGGAAGAACUCGGACCGUCCCCGGGAUGAGGUGCAGGAGGUCGCCUACUAUCCUGGGACAUCAAAUCCUCCAGGCUCCAUGCUGGAGUGUACGUUCAUCCAAAUCCCUCAGGUAGAGCAGACUCAUGCUGUCGUCCUCAGCAAACCUGCCUGGAUGUGGGGCGCCGAGAUGGGAGCAAAUGACCAAGGAGUGUGUAUUGGUAAUGAGGCGGUCUGGACCAGAGAGCCCGUGGCCCCCGGAGAGGCUCUGCUGGGCAUGGACCUGGUUCGGCUUGGGCUGGAGCGUGGCGGCAGCGCCCGGGCAGCGCUGACGGUGAUCACCGACCUCCUGGAGCAGCACGGCCAGGGGGGGCAGUGCAGGGAAGAUCCUGAGCCCUUCAGCUACCACAACACCUUCCUCCUGGUGGACCGCCAUGAGGCCUGGGUGCUGGAGACUGCUGGAAGGUUCUGGGUGGCGCAAAAAGUGUCAGAGGGCGUAAAGAACAUCUCCAACCAGUUGACGAUUAGUACAGACAUCUCAGCCGAGCAUCCAGAGCUGCGGAGCGUGGCCCAGGCUCAGGGCUGGUGGGACGGCCAAGGAGACUUCAACUUUUCUCAGACUUUUAGCCCAGAGAACCCUCCUGCUAGGAUGGAGUUAGCCAAGCAGCGCUACAAAGGCGGCACUGCAUUAAUCCAACAGCACAAUGGCUCAAUGACAGCAGAGGUGAUGAUGUCCAUUCUGAGGGACAAACCCAGUGGGAUCUGCAUGGACUCUGGGGGCUUUUGUACUACAGGCAGCAUGGUGUCUGUCCUACCUCGAGACACGAACCUGCCCUGCAUUCACUUCUUCACUGCCACCCCCGACCCAUCGAGGUCCAUAUUCAAGCCUUUUAUCUUCUCGGAUUGUCCCACCCGAGUGCUGAGGGUGGUCUCCCCACAGUUUGGCCCCGACGACCCCGUCAGGAAGCAGCCGCGUUUCCAGAGCCGGGUGGACCGCAGACACGACCUGUACAAGGCCCACCAGGUGGCGCGGAGCAACAUGGAGAGCAAGCCGGAUGAAGGUCUAGCCGUCUACGACAUCCUGAGAGACCUGGAGUCACAGUGUCUGAGUGAGAUAUCAGCCAUGCUCAACGGGGAGAUACCAGGAGACGAGCUGGGGGACCUGUUCUUUGACUGUGUGGACACAGAGAUUAAGUUCUACCAGUGAGAAGCGCCCUCACGUGGACACUUUCAUAGCUGCAGGAGAUGGCCCUGGGACUGGUGAAACAACGCCAGUGUGUCUCGUCCACUUUGGCUCCGCCUCACCCAAGCAACACACUUUUCUAAAUCCAUUCCAUCGUUUAAAACUGACUCAAAGUUUCAGCAGCAUAUGUGUUGGGAGCAUAGUUACCGUCAGUGUCACCCAGGGAGCAAUGACUGCACCUCUGUAGUGAGUGUACUAACGUAGACUUCACAGAAAUCCAUGUAGAGCUGUGUGAUGUUGCACAAAUACAGUGAGUGUGGCUUUUGUUUAACGACUGAUAAGGUUGUCCUUUUAAAGUGACUGCCUGUAGGAAAAGAUUGAAUAAAGAACGUGCAUAGCUUCUUAGAAGUCUCGUAA